AUGUCCUAUAGCGAUUGGCCGAAAGACGUCGCAGCCUUCUUCGAGAAUGUUCGUUUGCCCAAUGUGGGCGAGGAGAUGAUCUUGGUGCAGAACAUCUUUGUGGAGCAGAUGCUUCCAGCCAGCGUGUUGCGAAACUUAACAGAGCAGGAGAUGGCUGUGUACAAUGCGCCAUAUCUAACACCUGGCGAAUCUCGCCGCCCCACCCUCACGUGGCCUCGUCAGAUCCCCAUCAAUGGUACACCUCCUGAGGUGGCAGACGUCGUGACCACCUAUUCGGCCUGGAUGGGUGAAAACGAGAUGCCCAAGCUCCUCAUCUCUGCCAUACCAGGCAUCCUCUUGAAUGGCGAGAAAUUAGAGCUGGCUCGUACGUGGAAGAACCAGGAAGAGGUCACCGUGGACGGCAUCCACUUCAUCCAGGAAGACAGCCCUAAUGAGAUUGCUGAAGCCAUUGAAAAUUGGCUUGAAGGUGACACUUUCCCCCAAGUUUUGGCAGAGUCGACGAGUACCAGUGGUCCUGAUGACAGCAGUGGACCAACCACGAUGCAAACUACGAAUGGGUGUAUCUACCUUUGGUUUCUCUUUGCCACUCUUCUUCUCCGAAAGGUGUGGUAG